UGUUGAUUAUUUGAAAUUUGGCUUCAUUCCAUCAUUGCCGGACAAACAAUCGCCUAUGUGCCUUUUAUGCAACAAAGUUUUGGGCAAUGACGCUAUGAAACCAUCUAAACUGCAAGAUCAUCUGAGAAGAUGCCACCCUGAUAAAACAGAGAAAGAUUUGAAAUACUUUCAAACACGACGUCACAAAGAAAUGAUGAUGCUUCUUAUUAGUUAUUUGCAAACGACCCAUUUCUCUAUACAACUGGACGAGUCAACUUUACCUGAUAAUGCAGCAUUGUUAUUGGCAUUUGUUCGUUUUAUUAUGAAUCAAGAAAUCUACGAAGAACUGCUCUUCGCAAGAACUUUGAUAACCGACACUAAAGGUGAAUCAAUAUUUCAUGUUUUGAAGGAUUACUUCAUUCAAAAAGCAAUUCCUUUAUCAAAUAUAAUAUCAGUAGCUACAGAUGGAGCACCUGCCAUGGUUGGACGUUAUCGUGGAUUUAUAAGCUAUUUAAAACAAAAUGUGUCAGGGGUGUUAGCAAUACAUUGA